GCGUUAUGUGUCUGCCGAGCCCGCCCCUGUCGGUGGCACGUGACUGUGGCAGAGAGGAGGCCCGGGGCUGCCAGAGCAUAACCAGGACGCCCUGGGGCUCCCCUCUUGUUGGCCAUGAGUGUGCAGGCAUUCAGGUUGGUGUGCGCAUCUGGGAAGGAGCACCUUCCUGCUGGAAUACAGAUUGAGUGCUUGGAGUGCUCUGGGCAUGAUCUCUACAUUGGCACCAGUGAUGGCUGUCUUCACCAUCUGUUGCUGGUGGAAGAAAGUGGCACCGAGUCCGCUGGAAUACCUCUGGGUCAGCAGUCAGAUUAUUCUAACACUAAUUUUACUACCACGCGACAAAACCAGAGACAGCUAGGUGUGAAGAAGCCAAUAUGUGAGUUGAGAGCCGCCUCUGCCCUUGGCCGCUUACUUGUGCUGUGUGAUAAUACAAUUUCUUUGCUGUGCAGUGACUCUCUUGAGCCAGUACCGGGAACUAAGAUCAGGGGUGUUCUCAGCUUCACCCUGAAUGAGAAUCCAGUGAGCGGGGACCCCUUCAGUGUAGAGGUCUGCUUGAUCUCCUCCAAGAGACGUACCGUGCAGAUCUUCAGCGUGGGGCAGGAACGGGUACAGAUAGUUCGAGAAGUGGCUACGCCUGAACAGCCAUGUUGUCUUGCUGCUGAUGGAUAUUAUCUGUGCCUGGCACUCAGCAGCCGUUAUGUCAUCCUAAAUUAUAAUACAGGGCAUUGCCAGGAUCUCUUUCCCUACCCCAGCGAGCAGAAGAGACCAAUUAUUAAGAGGAUCAGCAGACAGGAGUUUCUGUUGGCAGGGCCUGGAGGCUUAGGGAUGUUUGCCACGGUAGCAGGGAUCUCCCAGCGUGCUCCAGUUCGUUGGUCUGAGAAUGUAAUUGGAGCUGCGGUGUCUUUCCCUUAUGUGCUGGCUCUAGAUGAAGAGUUUAUCACAGUGCACAGCAUGUUAGAUCAACAGCAGAAACAAAGCCUGCCCUUCAAAGAAGGAGUCAUUCUACAGGAUUUUGAAGGGCGGGUGAUUGUAGCAACUCCAAAUGGCGUGUAUGUUUUAAUUCCAUUACCUUUGGAAAAACAGAUACAGGAUCUACUAUCAAACCAGAGGGUAGAAGAAGCUCUCGUGCUAGCUAAAGGAGCUCGGCGCAAUAUUCCAAAGGAGAAAUUUCAGGUUAUGUACAGAAGAAUCCUGCAACAGGCUGGAUUUAUUCAGUUUGCCAAGCUUCAGUUUUUAGAAGCAAAAGAAUUAUUCAGAACUAGUCACCUAGAUAUCCGGGAGUUGAUUUCUCUCUACCCUCUCCUGAUGCCUUCAUCCUCGGGAUUUAUCCGCGCACAUCCUCCCCUGCACGAAUAUGCCGAUCUCAAUCAGCUCACCCGAGGAGACCAGGAGAAGGUGUCCAAAUGCAAACGUUUCCUCAUGUCUUAUUUAAGCGAAAUCCGCAGCACAGAGGUGGCUAAUGGUUACCAGCAGGAUGUGGACACGGCCUUGCUGAAACUUUAUGCAGAGGCAGAUCAUGAGAGCUUGCUGGAUCUGCUGGUGUCCGACAAUGCUUGUGAAGUGGGAGAUAGUGCAGCCUGGCUGGAAAAGCACAAAAAGUAUUUUGCACUUGGCCUCCUCUAUCACUAUAACGAGCAGGAUGCUGCUGCUCUUCAGGUCUGGGUUAGGAUAGUGAAUGGUGACCUAGAAGACAACACUCGGCCAGACCUGUUUGAGUAUGUGGUAGACUUUCUGACCUUCUCCAAAGACCAGCAGCUGGUGUGGCAGUAUGUGGAUUGGGUUUUGCAGAAAAGUGAGCAGAUCGGGGUCCAGAUCUUCACCAAACGUUCUUUAGAUGAACAGUUGCAGAACGGUUUCUGUCCAGAUACGAUUGUGAGCCAUCUGUGCAAGUACCGGCAGGCUUUGCUGCUCUACCUGGAACACUUGGUCAUGGAUAAGAUGAUCCAGAAGGAAAAGUAUCAUACACACCUUGCUGUGCUAUACCUGGAAGAAAUCUUAAGACUAAAGUCUAGGGACUCCUUGGGCCACAUUGAACUGGAGGAGCUACAUCGGAGAUUUCAGAAUCUUCUGCGGCAAUCAGACCUUUACCGGGUGCUCUUCCUCAUAGAUAAAAUCAAAGGCACAGAUUUGCAUAUGGAGCGAGCAAUAUUACACGGGAAACUAGAAGAGCAUGACCAAGCAUUGGAUAUCUUAGUUCACCAGUUAAAAGACUUUGCUGCUGCUGAGAGUUAUUGUGUGUGGAACUCUGAGGGCAGGGAUGCUCCUUAUCGCAAGAGACUUUUUCAGCUCCUUCUCUCCUCCUACCUCCGUCCCUCCACACCUGACAACACUUUGACGGUCGCUGCUGUAGACUUAUUAAAUAACCACCCCACAGAAUUCGAUGCUGCCAGUGUAUUGCAUUUGUUGCCAGAAGAAUGGUCUGUGCAGCUUCUCUCCCCAUUUCUAGCAGGGGCCAUGAGGGGGCAUGUUCAUGCUUUAAGGAUGUCACAGGUGGCAGUAGGAUUAGCAAGGACAGAGAACAUCAUCUAUAAAAAGGAGAAGUUAAACUUGAAGGAAAAGCCAAUAAUUCUGUCAGAGAAGAAGUUUUGCCAUGUGUGCCGGAAGCCAUUCCAAGAGCCGGUAUUUGCCAGACAGCCCAACGGUCAUAUCGUUCAUACCCACUGUGCUACCAACCAGCAUGUCAACAGCAGCAUUGACCAUGUGCCCAGUCAAAGCAAACGAACAUGAAUUAAAGUGAUGAAGAAUAUCAGUGAUUACAGUAGCCUCCCCGCUGCAGACAGCGAUGGAACAGGGAGACUGGAGGCUUCAGCGCAAUGUAAUGUGAAAAUAAUGCACUUAUCUGCGGACCUGGAGACCAAUGAUAACAGCAGUUUGACUCUGCAGGACUUGGCAAUGAAGGAUACUGGCUAUAUCUGUCCUUGCACAGCUACUUUAACAAUGGAGGAAUCAUGUGUCAGUUCUUAACUGAGCUAUUUGCAUUUUUAAAAGAUAUUUGCACUGAAGAUAUUUUGCAUAUACUUUAAUGGGCUGGAUAAAGAAACAUGGACUGUAGGAGACAAGAUAUGGAGAAUGUGUCUGUCUUCUCAGCUACUACGGCAGUCAUUGUGAAAGUAUAUAGUGUGGGUCUAUUCAAUCAUGUAUUUUUUAUGUAUUGCACAUUCUACCAAUCUCACGUUCAUAGUAAGCAUUCCAGUCACAUAGAAGGUGAUCCUUUUUCUAAGAACAGAAAACUGGCUGCACCACAGACUCUUCCACAUGUAGUCCUGAGAA